AUGUCUCUUAAGCACCGCCCCAGUCCUACAGGAAAAGCGAAAGAACAGAACUCAGUCGCCAUUUCAACAGACAAGGUUGUUGAACGAGGAAGCAAUGAUAGAAGAGUGACAAAGGUCACGAAAACGGUGCGGGGGAACCCCAAGGGGCUGAAAGAAUAUUCGCCUACUCAAAAAGUCCCACCAACUCAAUUACUCGAUGUGUAUGUGUUUGGAACAAACUGCUACGGCGAGCUUGGUCUGGGAGAUCUGACAAAGAAACCGGAAUUGCUGCGCCCGGUUCUCAACAAGAAACUAGACGCGCAGAGUAUCGGAGUCGUCCAUAUCGCUGUUGGAGGCGUCCAUUCAGCGGCUCUUACUCGUGACAAGCGGAUUCUAACAUGGGGCGUCAAUGAUGAAGGGGCCUUGGGAAGAGAUAUUCAGCAAGAUAAGGAUGAGGACGCUCGCGAUGCUGAUAGCGACAAAAGCGGUGUCUCAUCGGGCGAUGGGAGUGACGAUGAUGAUAUUACUCACAAUUUGAAAGAAGCUACACCACUGCCUGUGGAUCCUUCGCUUUUCCCAAUAGGCACUGUGUUUUGCCAGCUUGCUGCCUCGGACAGUGCGACUUUUGCUUUAACAACGGAUGGCCAGGUAUAUGGUUGGGGAACCUUCCGAGGGGCUAAUGGAGGGAUUGGAUUCUCCCGCGGGAGCAAAAGAGAACAACAAACGCCUCUUCUGAUUCCUGGUGUCUAUGACGUGGUCAAAAUUGUUGCUGGUGCACAGCACGUGUUAGCAUUGACAUCAAAAGGUACCGUUUUUAGUUGGGGCUGUGAUGAACAAAAUCAACUCGGGAGGUGUCGGGCAAGCCGCCAUCAUCAACCUCAUCCUCUAGAUCCAGAACUAUGCGCUCUUCCAACUGGGAUCAGGGAUGUUGGGGCGGGGCUAUAUCACUCCUUCGCUAUCCAUAAGACGGAUGACGUAUACGCAUGGGGCUCGAACAACUUUGGGCAAACUGGCGUUAUGACGAGCGCCGGCCAGAACGAUGCAAUCGUGGCAUAUCCCAAUAAGGUCCCCGGUUUGAGAAAGCAUGCCCCGCUUGUCUCAAUCUCCGGUGGAAAGGAUCACAGCAUGGCUAUCACUGAGCACGGUGAAUGCCUGAUUUGGGGUCGCAUUGAUAACAAGGCACUUGGCAUUGCACUCGAGGAUAUGCCCCAAGCAGACGUUAUCUGUGACACAUACGGUAGACCACGAAUAUUGAAACGGCCUAAUCUUCUACCGGGGUUGGAGGAUAAAAUAAUUUUCGGAACUGCGGGAACUGACCACUCCUUUGUAAUUACAGAGUCCGGGAAAGCCUAUAGUUGGGGCUUUAAUGCCCAAAGUCAGGCUGGUCAGCCGGGUCUUGAUGAAGUCGAAAGGCCAACUCUUCUUCACAGCAAGUACCUCGAAGGGAAACAACUAGUCUCGGCAGCCGCCGGUGGUCAGUUCAGCAUCGUGUUUGGAAAGUAUCUGUCGACAAAAGACUCUUAA